CCCCAUUGGUCAUAAACCGCCUUCAUCUUCGCGAGCGACUUCUCAACGACCUCCAAGUCCACUGGAGCCUCUCGGCUCGUUGUCGCCGACGCCCGCGGCGCUGCCGCCUGCCGCCGCUUCUUGGCCAUUUCCAGAUCGAUCUGAAAACCUUCUAAAAGCGAUGCCUUUCAAAACGUGGUGCGUGUGGUGUCGACGCCCUCUCAUUGGUCGAAAACCCGUGAGCCCAUCCAACAACAGGCUCACUUCACAAUCGCGACCCAAGCCACCAGAACGCAAAUGCUGCGGCGUGUGGCUCUCUCCUCGCUGCGCUGCGCGUCGCGCCGCGCCUCGGCGCCGAGCUUCAAGGCGCUGUCGACGCUCGCGCCUGCCUGCCGACCCGUGCGCGCGACGGUCGCGCCUCGUCACAGCUCGCUGCGGACCGCGCGCUUCUCGUCGGACGCGCCGCCGCCGCCGCCGAACAUGACGGAGCACGAGUUCAUGGAGCUGGCGGACGAGACGCUGCACGACAUCCAGAGCUGGCUGGACGGCAUCGAGGAGAUGCUCGAGGAGUCCGACGUCAUGUUCUCGCAAGGCGUGCUGAAGAUCGACCUGGGCGACCACGGCACGUGGGUGAUCAACCGCCAGGUGCCCAACCGGCAGAUCUGGUGGUCCUCUCCGAUCAGUGGUCCGCGUCGGUACGAGUACGAUGGCGAGAGCGGCAACUGGGUGAACACGCGGGACAGGGGCGAGCUGGUGGAGCUGCUGCGCUCCGAGAUUCUGGACGCUACAGGCAUUGAGAUCUAUGAGGCGGAUCAUUGAAACACU